CGGGGUUGGUGGGUAUUGUAUCAUUUGCUUUGUCAACAUACAGUUUAUUCUUUUAAGCUGCCUGUCAUUUCUGGAUUAACCAUUGUCCAGGAAACUCACCCACACCAAACAAAGGAACAGUUCCCUUCCUUGGGUUUUAUCCUUCCUCCUUGAAAGCUGACAUUCCUCGAGGCCAUGUCCCCAAGUGACUUGUCCUGCCCUAGCUAGAUAGAAAUAAUCUGUACCUAGCUCUAGAGUUUAUCAGACUACCUCUUCUCAUGCCAGGUCAGUGUGCAGAGGGUAGAAUAAGAUACAUCACAAUAGGAAAGUUGAGUUUUCUGCCUUUCUACUUCAUUGGAAACAUAAUUUUGACUGUGACAAGUAAAUGGCAUAGGUGCAGGGGAAACAGUAGCAACCAUCAUGUUGUUUUGGCAGAAUUCUCAUGUUACAGUAUCAAAAAAAUGUCAAGAAAGAUGACGGCAAGGGUUAUAACAUCCCUUGCAAAUAACAGCAAAGCUCUAAUCAACUGAUAUUCAGACAAGCACAGGACUGAAGUGAAACCUACCAGCGCAAAAUAUCACAAGUGGUUCAUUGAACACUGCACAGAAGGUAAAUGAAGUGUGUAUUUUCCAAUCCCAACUGGAAUUUUAAGUGAGUGGAAUGGAAUAAACUCAGUUUGGAAUUUGAAAUAAAUUCAGCUUGGAAUGUGUCUUGAGACCAAAGUUUACAUAAGAGUUACACAAACCUCUCAGCAUGAAGCAUGAACAAGGUGGAAUGUUCUGGCAUCCCAGAGUCUGAUGGGGACUCCUGCAGGACCAGGGCACAGAUACUUCAUCAAGGGCUAUUUGUUUCUAAUUGGGGAAGAAAAUGCAGACGUUUAUAUAAGAUGCUGGGUCUGGAGUGGGAUCCACCUGGUACGUGGAGUUGUGUACACUUUCUUAGACAUGGCAUUUCUAGUUGAGUGUCACCAAUAAAAUAUUUUCAUCAAAUUUCCAUUCUUCUUUCUCUUGAUGCCUGCUUCCAUAGUUCUAAGGAGUGUCAUAGAUCAUACUCACCACAACUGAUUAGUGCAAAUGAGAAGUGGUUAGAGAAAACACAGGGACAGAGUAAACUGGAAGGAAUUCAGAAGAAACUACUCAUAGCAAUUGUUGCCAGAGUUCUCUUCUUAAAUUAUAUGUUCUCAUCAUCUAGUAAGUUUGUAGGGGAAUCAUAAAGAGGAGAAGCAAUCAGUAAUGAACACCGCAUCAUUUUUGAAGGUGAGUUUGAGGUCAUGUAAGAGACUUUUAAAAUGCAAAGUUGAAAAACUCAUGUAUUUCUUAGAAACUAAUAAAUACUGGAUUUACUUGGGGCUCCAGGGAUCUGCAAGGUGCUAGACUUCAUAAAAGGAGAUCGUCUGUAUGUUAACUCCAUGGAAGAGGGAGAUAACAUGGAACAGAGGAGAACCCAGAAGGGUGUGGGGCUGAGGAAUGGGCAGUCCUAGCAAGGGCCUGAGGUACCAGUAGUGAUGAAAUGCUGAGCUGGGGACUGCAGGACAUGUGGAAUUGAUGGUCAGGUUCAGUGGUGAGCUUGUUCCAAGUGCACAGUUGGGUUUUGGGUGAAGGGGAUGGUCGUGGUAGUGGAAUUAGUCCAUUCUACUGUGUCACACUUUUCCACUUUAAACAGUAGCUUGUGAUUAUUUAGCCCACAUUUGCAUUCAGGUAAAACCAAGAUAAUUUAGCAAAUAUUUGCCUUCCUGGCAGUGACGGACCUGCCAGCAUUACAGUUUCAGGGGCAGUUCUAUAAUGUUUACCGUUUCCACUGCCUAGAGCUUUCUGUAUAUUUAUCCCUGGAUUAGACUCAAAGUAAGCUGAUUUUAUCAAGCCACGGGGUAAUUCUAACCAUUUCAUCUGGCGAUUUUAGUAUUGCAUUGUUGCAGCUGACCCGCAUACAUAAGGAAUUACCGGGUCAACAGCUCGUGGAAAUGUCUUUUCACUGGGAACACACUUUCAGCAUGUCUCCAUUGAAGACUAUGUCAGAGAGUCACAAUGACCUUGCACAGUAACAGUACCACCUCGCCUUUGUUUCCAAACAUCAGCGCUUCCUGGAUACACAGUCCUUCAGAUACAGGCCUGCCCCCAGGGACUGUCACUCAUUUCGGCAGCUACAACAUUUCACGAGCAGCUGGGAAUUUCUCCUCUCCCGAUGAUACCACCAGUGAUCCAUUGGGAGGUCACACCAUCUGGCAGGUGGUCUUCAUUGCAUUCUUAACAGGCUUCCUGGCCCUGGUCACCAUCAUCGGCAACAUCCUGGUGAUAGUGGCAUUUAAGGUCAACAAGCAGCUGAAGACAGUCAACAACUACUUCCUCCUCAGCCUGGCCUGCGCCGACCUGAUCAUCGGGGUCAUCUCGAUGAAUCUGUUUACUACCUACAUCAUCAUGAAUCGGUGGGCACUGGGGAACUUGGCCUGUGACCUCUGGCUCUCCAUUGACUAUGUGGCCAGCAAUGCCUCCGUCAUGAAUCUCCUCGUCAUUAGCUUUGACAGGUACUUCUCCAUCACAAGGCCGCUCACCUACCGAGCCAAACGAACCACCAAAAGAGCCGGGGUGAUGAUCGGCCUGGCCUGGGUCAUCUCCUUCGUCCUGUGGGCGCCUGCCAUCUUGUUCUGGCAGUACUUCGUAGGGAAGAGAACGGUGCCUCCGGGGGAGUGUUUCAUCCAGUUCCUCAGCGAGCCCACCAUCACCUUCGGCACGGCGAUCGCCGCCUUUUACAUGCCUGUCACCAUCAUGACUAUUUUGUACUGGAGGAUCUAUAAGGAAACCGAGAAACGUACCAAAGAGCUCGCUGGGCUGCAGGCCUCGGGGACAGAAGCAGAGGCGGAAAACUUUGUCCACCCCACAGGCAGUUCUCGAAGCUGCAGCAGCUACGAACUUCAGCAGCAGAGCUUGAAACGCUCGGCCAGGAGGAAGUAUGGCGGCUGCCACUUCUGGUUCACCACCAAGAGCUGGAAGCCCAGCGCCGAGCAAAUGGACCAAGACCACAGCAGCAGCGACAGCUGGAACAACAACGAUGCUGCCGCCUCCCUGGAAAACUCGGCCUCCUCCGACGAGGAGGACAUUGGCUCCGAGACCAGAGCCAUCUACUCCAUUGUGCUCAAGCUCCCAGGUCACAGCACCAUCCUCAACUCCACCAAGCUACCCUCGUCAGACAACCUGCAGGUGCCUGAGGAGGAGCUGCGGGCACUGGACACCGAGAAGAAUGCCAAUAAGCUGCAGGCCCAGAGGAGCGUGGAUGAUGGUGGCAGCUUUCAGAGAAGCUUCUCCAAGCUUCCCAUCCAGUUAGAGUCUGCUGUGGACACAGCCAAGUCCUCUGACGCCAACUCCUCGGUGGGUAAGAACACGGCCACUCUACCUCUGUCCUUCAAGGAAGCCACUCUGGCCAAGAGGUUUGCUCUGAAGACCAGAAGUCAGAUCACGAAGCGGAAGAGGAUGUCCCUCAUCAAGGAGAAGAAGGCAGCCCAGACCCUCAGCGCCAUCCUGCUGGCCUUCAUCAUCACCUGGACCCCCUACAACAUCAUGGUCCUGGUGAACACCUUUUGUGACAGCUGCAUACCCAAAACCUAUUGGAAUCUGGGCUACUGGCUGUGCUACAUCAACAGCACCGUGAACCCCGUGUGCUAUGCCCUGUGCAACAAGACAUUCAGAACCACCUUCAAGAUGCUGCUGCUGUGCCAAUGUGACAAAAGGAAGCGGCGCAAGCAACAGUACCAGCAAAGACAGUCGGUCAUCUUCCACAAGCGCGUGCCCGAGCAGGCUCCGUAGAUGAGGUUUUAUCCAUAGCAGAGACAAAAAACGCACACGUCGACCCACGACCUUAGGCGGAGUCAGGCGAGGGUGGGGGCGACUCCUGGUGAUGAUAAAAAGAGUUUUUAUCAGCCAGAUGUGAAAGAAGCUGCCUGUUUACUCACCCACUGAGUCAACCAAUUUUAAUAUAAAGCAUCAAAUACCAAUUCAGCAAAAAAAAAAAGGCAUACUACUGAAUAUAAAGAAAUUUAUUCUGAAAUAGACUUUACAUGUAUUUUUCUUAAAGAGGAAACAAAUAUUGCUUCAGAGCAGUUAUACCCUCAAAUUGUUUCACCUGGGUCUUUUAAUUCCCAUUAGCUCUGGAAUCACAGAGGAGCCUAGCUGGCCCAGUUGCCACAUUAUCCCCAAGGAUCCCAAGUUGAUCCAGCUCCCUCGUGGAAUGCAGCAGGCUAGUGAAUCUGUGGUUGUGAAAUUGUUUCAUACAUUGCAAAGCUGAACCUUCUUGUCCCGGUAGAGCUUCCGUCCUCUCUUUGGUGUGUUGUUAAACUCUAGUUGUGGACUUGAUUCUUGAUUCUUGCAAAGUACUGUUCUGUGCAGUUCAAGUUUCGUACAAAUAAAAAUGCAUAAGUAUAUAAAUAUAUGUAUAUAUAUAUAUAUAUUGUGUGUGUGAGUUCUGCAUGCACACACAUAGUGUAUAGAACAUAAUGGAAAGACUGAACUGGCAAAUUUGUUCUGCAAUAUAUGCUUUCAGUACUUUGGUAACUGAAGUUCUCUAGGAUCCUUAUACACUAUAAAAGUGAAACAACCCAGCUUAAUUGUCUUUGACCCUGGGGCUGUUUUCCACAAACCACCCUGAAGAAUAUUCUGCAGAGACCCCAGGCCUCCUGGCAGGCCUGUGCACACCAGAGGACCUCGAGAGUCAGUUGGCACCAGGGCUGGGCCAGAUUCUUGGGCUGCACACAGCCUCCUGUGCUGAUAUCUCCAUCAAGAGAGCUAAGUGGGGGCCCCUCUGAGCUCAGAGAAAGAGCCACAUCCACAGGCUCGAAUUUAGUCAUUGAAAUCUGAAUAUUUCCAAACAAAGUCUCUGCUCUCUAAGCUGCCUGAAAUGCAACAGUAGUGUCACAUUUGAAUGUCAUACACAGCAAUAUUAUCGGCAAUAGAUGCAUUGUGAGGGGAGAUGAAGGAGAACACUGUACUCCAUUUCUUGCUACCUGGCACCUUCUAAGAGAAAGCAGGGCUCCCCGCUGUCACUUAGCUAUGCUAGGGACUUUGGGUUUGCAAUCUGUAACCAUUGCCCAGGAAAAGGUGGGGUCUAGGAAGUUACAUGUCCUCCGAAGAAAGAAUGACAUUUGAAAAAGUUGCUUCAAAUUUAUUUCCUUUCAUUUUGAAAAUCUAAUUGUGCAUUAUCCUUGGAUCCCCCCCCCCCAAUGCUCAGCGUCCCCAGGGGGAGGGGUGGGUGCCGAUGCUCUGGCUGUCCUGUCGCUGCUGUAUCAUUGGGGUUCCUUCUUUUCUUUUUGCUGGGGCUGUGGGGGGCGGGAGGGCUGCCAAGAACCCUUUCCUUUGUAGGGGGGCAUCCAUGUCACGGACCCAAAGCUGGGCAGAAGCUGCUUUCAUAUUCAGUGUGAGGUGGUGUUUACAGACGACUUUGACAACAGUGAAAAGUGUCCUCAGUGGCGUGUGUGUAUCUCAACUAUUUAAUGUCGUGUUCUGUUUAUAUGAAGAACUAUUUAUGCAUAUUUCACCAAGUGUUUAUUUAAUGUCGAUAAAUAUGACUUCUGCAGCCAUGGUGUCCUUUGAAAGUGAUUUUUUUAAGGUCCACUUGAGCAAUGAAUAAAGUCUAUUGAGCUUUUAUGUGGCUAUGAAGAAAAAAAAAUGUCAUCCUGUUGGCAUCCACAAGUUCCUAAAUCUUUCUAGGUAAUAAGACGUCAACUGUCACUUGAACAAAAAUGUUGAAAACCACUUGUUAGUUACACCUAAUGGGAACAAAACAAAGCAACCCCCCAUCAUGGUGUUUGAAAUUAUAUUACAAGGGAAAAAAGCAAAUCAGCAUAAUUGUAAGAAUUGAUUCUUUUUUCUUUUUCUUUUUUUUCUUUUUCUUUUUUUUUCUUUCUUUUUUUUUUCUUUUUGGCCCACAUUCAACCAAAGAACAAGAGAAACUAGAGACUAUUUUCUAACGUGUAUAGCAAAUAACAGAAUGUUAUGUUAUCCACCUGUGAAAACGUCUAGUAAGCAAUUGUGUCUAUAUUUUAUUACUCAAGUUGGCCUGGCACUAAUAAACAUGUGAAUGCUUA